AUGAAAAAGCGCCCGGCCGCCUCCCAGGUUGGGCCGAAAACGAAGAAACCUCACCUGGACAAGGCCACCGACUCAAAAGCUAAGAAACGGAGCAAGCCAGUAACCCGCGCUCUCGUCGAAGACAGCGCAGACAGCUCGGAGGACGACGUCUAUGAAGAUGCGCUAGAGGAGGCCGUUGAUGAGAUGGAGGUCGACGAGACAGAGGUCUCGGCAAUGCCCAAAGAUCCUAAUGCUGCGCGAGAGUCCCACAAAGCGCAGAAGGUCCUCCAAGAGCAGCGCAAGGCUGCAAAGCCCCACUCGGAGCUCCUCGUAGAUGCCAAGCGUGCAUGGACUGCUGCCCGACAGAAGAACCUUAAGAAGGCUGAGCGCACCAAACACAUUGACGAGCUCAUGGAGAUCAUUCGUGGCAGGGUCAAAGACAUCGUCUUCAAGCACGAUGCAAGCCGUAUCGUUCAGACAGCCGUCAAGUACGGCGACCAGAAGGCGCGGAACGAGAUCGCGGAGGAGCUGAAUGGCAAGUACCGCGAACUCGCGCAGAGUAAAUACUCCAAGUUCCUGAUCACCAAGCUCAUCCGUCUCUGCCCUUCGUACCGCGCUCCAAUCCUGCGGGAGUUCCAGGGGCACGUCCUUCGCAUGCUCCUGCACCGCGAAGCGUCAAGCGUAUUGGCGGACGCAUUCGAGCUCUACACGAACGCGUACGAGCGAUCACUCCUGCUGCGUGACUUCUACGGCAAGGAGGCCAGUCUCUUCACUGUCACUGCCGGCAGUGAGGAAGAGAAGGAGCGCUCCAAGAAGGGCCUGAAAGGGCUCAUGGAGGGUCUCGAGGGCGACCGUCGGAGACGUGUCUUGGCAUCGUUGAAAGACAACCUGGUCACUAUUUUCAACAACCCUGACAAGGGUGCCGUUGCGCAUGCUAUCGUGCAUCGGGCGACUUGGGAAUACCUUUCUGCGGUCUGCGAAACGGAGGAUGAGGCAGAGGCCGAGAAGGCGCGGAGAGAGAUCUUCGAAACCUGCCAGGAUGCUCUUGCGGAGAUGGUGCACACAAAAGACGGUAGUCGCGUAGUGCGCGAAUUCAUCGCUUGGGGUUCAGCCAAGGACCGGAAACACAUAGUCAAGGCUAUCAAGCCGCACGUUGAGCGGAUGUGCAAGGACGACGAAGCACAACUCGUGCUGUUCUCCGCCCUGGAUAUCAUCGAUGAUACCAAGCUAACAGCGAAAUCUCUCGUUGCCGACAUCGUGGCCUCAGCACCCACAUUAUACACCUCCUCUCAAGGCCGGCGGUCGAUUAUCUACCUCGUCGCCCCGCGCACGCGCCGGCACUUCACCCCUGCGCAAAUCGUGACGCUCGCCGAGACGGACCCUAUCCGCGUUAAGACGAGCAAAAAGGAGGAAGCGACGCGUGCGUCCGAGAUCCGGAAAGCGGCGAGCGAAGGUCUGCUCCAGUGGAUAGCACAGAGCGGCGCCGACGUCGCGCGCGAUACUGGCGGAAGUCUCGUCGUCUGCGAGAUCAUGCUCGACACCGAGGGCGACAAAUCUGCCGCCUCCGACACGCUCCUCCAGGCGCUUUCCACGCCCUACCCCUCCACCGAUCCCGCAUCCCCACACCCUAUUUCUCUCCCGCACACCUCACGCCUCUACAAGACGCUCCUCCAAGGCGGACACUUCUCACACAGCACGCGCGCCGUCGAGCGCGCGCCACACUUCUCCGCGCGCGACUUCGCAGGCCGCUUCGUGCGGAUAGUCGGGCGCGAGCCGACCGUCGCGAUGGCGAAGGCGGAGGGCGCGUUCGUCGUGGCGGCGCUGUGCGAGCAGCUCGCGGAGCACGAGGACGCGGCGGAGGAGCGGAAGACGGUGAAGGGGUGGUUUGGCGCAAAUACGCGGAAGGAGAUCGAGGCUGCGGACGGGAAGGGCAUGAAUGUGCUCUUGGAGAGCUUGAAGAAGCUCUGA